GGGAGAAUAAGCGUUCUCGUAAAGUUUGGCCCCGCAGACAUCCCGUAGGGUCUAAUUUUUCCUGUUGUUGCAAACAGUUUUAAAUCUGCACAACUUCGCUUGUUUAAACCUUUAUGAGUCGUUAUUUAAGAUGGAAUAAACUGUUCCUGCUGAAAAGUUUGAAGAUGGACAGAGCGAUGCUCCGCUGCAGAAGGUGUCGCAGGGUCGUCAUUGACUUCACAUGUUUGUUAACGGCAGCAGAUGAAAGUCCAGCUGGUGGCUGCAGUAUUUGGCACAUAGACGCUGACAACCUCCCAGAGUGGAUCCUGACCUCCGUUCAGCAGGCUCUGUGGACGGCAGGGAAGCUAAACUGCCGUCACUGCGGGGCUCGUUUGGGUGGCUUCAGCUUCCUCGCUCGCUCCGACUGUCCAUGCGGCCGUGACGCCACCGUCCAUCUCAGCAAGAGCCGCGUAGAUCUGGACCAAACGCCCCACGUCCUCGUUGUCCAGCCGAGGAGGACAAGCUCUGGGACAGGACUGUUGAUGGACCUCUGUCAAAGUGAAGAGGAGGCUUCUCUGGACAGUUUCCAGCUCACAUGUCUUCCCUGUUUGUCACCCAUCAUUCCUCCAGACGCUUUGGAUCCACUGUAUGCUGCUGAAAACUCCCAUGGUGCUGCAGGCCAUCCAGACAAGUUAGAGUUGCAUUCAUCUGUUAGAAGUGCAGCAGAACAUCAGUCUGACCCAGAUCAUGAAGCCUGGAGGAAUGUUCUUCCCUGGGUUUCUGAAAUAUCGGGAGGAUCACAGUCGUCUCUAGAGCUGCAGCAAACUGAGGAAGUUUCCCUCAGAAGGAGAUUCACCUCUGAAGCAGAAGCUGAGCUGGAAGAGGAAGCGGAUCCAGUCUUAUCCAGCUUCUCGGCUUGGAUCAGACAGAACAAAAGAGAUAAGAACCGUCUGAAGAGUCAGAGGAGGAAGCAGAGGAGGAGAGAAAGAUGGCUGCAGAGUCAGAUGAAGGAGGCGGAGACUGAAAGCAGUACAGACUCACCUCUGGACUCUGAGGACGUGGACAGAGACGGUCUGACCUGCGCCGUGUGUCUGGACGUCUUCUUCAGCCCACACACCUGUCAGCCCUGCGCUCACGUCUUCUGUGAGCCGUGUCUCCGAAGGCUGGCCAAGAACCGGGCCACCAACACGCCAUGCCCGCUGUGCCGGUGCCUCAUCUCCCACACCAGCUUCCACAGAGAGCUCGACCUGACGGCAAAGACUCUGUUCCCGAAGUUCUGGGCCACCUGCAAGCAGAACUUCCAGAACGCUCCGUGUGCUCGAUGGCCUCUGCCAAGCUCCCAAGAACACUCACGCUUCUUUUGGGUUAAUCAACGGCGCGGCGCAACCGCGUGGGGACGCUGGCACUUCACUCCCGGAGCGUUUGUCUUCAACAUGCUGGGCCUGCCCCAUCACACCUUCUUCCACAUCGACAUGAUCUUAUUCAUCUUUGCUUUAAAGUUGCUCUGUUGCCUCUCCGUCUUGUUAUGCAAACUCAUCUUUUGAGUUUUGGUUUUCUGCAGGUGGGCUCUUCUUUGCUUGCUUUCUGAAAGCAUCAGAGGAAGGAGGGCUUACAGGAGGACAUUUUGGUUUUAAUUUGCACAUUAUUUAAUCAAGAUUAUUGGCUUUUGAAAGCCUGCUGUUCACUGUGAAGCUGCACUAAAUGGUUCCAAGUUCUAUUAAAAUAAAUGUGUUUUCUAUUUUUCAAA